UUUCAGAUUCAAACUUCAGUUUUAAACAUGGAAAUGGCAUCAAUGGAUACUUCCCAGGACGAGCUGGUGAACGAGAUCAGCCAGAAUGUUCAAAUGAGAUUCGGCACUCUAUUCAAUCAGAAACCAACAUUAUCCGAUCGCGUUCAACGCUUCGCCCCGGGGCUGGCUCUUCAGAUUUUCAUUCUCGCCAAGUUUUCCUUCGUCUUCUACUUGGCAUUUGAACGUCCAUGGCACACAAAGGAAACUCCAUUUGUUCUGGUCACGCUGGCUAUCAAUACAAUCGUCUUGAUUUCUGCCAUCACUCAGGACUUUUGCACUUUGAUUCUUACCUGGAUCAUCACGUGCUCCCAGCUCAUUCUCUACGUCUUUCUCCUAAUCGUCAUUCCAAUUUUUCUCACCGAUUACUUUGCAUCAGAAGCUCAAAGAUACAUGAAUUAUCCACACGAAUGGAAAGUCUUCAAAGAUUUCAUCAAUUACGAGUCGAGCGAAGAGCGUCGUUUCAGACAAGAAAUUGAAUACGGAUUCGGUAUUGAAAUGGUUCUCGUCUGCAUGGUCUUUGUGAUCGGAGUCCAAUUCGCUCUUCUCAACGCAACUCUCAACGCCAAACUUGAUCAUUCGACGCGCCAGAAGCAAGUCAGAGAGAAGAGAAACUCAGUCUAUUUGAUCUAGAAUUCAUUAUUUGAUUCUUUCCAUUACAAACCUUUUCCAAUUUUGACAAUGAUAACGAUACUCAAUUUAAUAAAUAAUGUUCUUAAUGAAA